UAUAACGUAAUUAAAUCUUCUUUAAAACUAAUUAUAGUAUUUGAUGCAAUGUUAAAUUUAGCUGAUGCCAAGCCGUUCCAAAUUCAAAGCAUUAUUUGCAACUCCUUCAAUUACGACUCUUACUCUCCAUCAUCGAUUCCCAACCGUCUCCAAUUUUCUCAGCCAUGAAACAAUAACGCCAUGAAACAAGAGGGGGAAAAAAGGUGACAAAACAAAAACAAAAAACAACAGCAAAACAAUAACACUAACAAAAUCAAAGCAAUAAAAACACAGAUACACACACACAGAGUUGGAAUUGAAAGAACAUACAGAACAAGCAAACAUUGAAACACAAAAGAAGAAAACCCCCAAAAGAAAAACACACUAUCCACCAUUGUCCUCUUGCCUGGUUUGGCCUCUCCAACCCAGGUAGCUAGAUCUAUAGUUUUCUAAGCCUCUAUGUAUGAGUGACUUAAUUAGGUAGCACCUUGAUAAACACUUAAACUACUCCCACUUCAUUUUUUUCCUUGGCGUACAGGACAAAAAAAAAAAUAACCCAAAUACCGUCAUGCCACGUUAGUUUUCCACAAUUCCUGUACGCCUCUCUCUCUCUCUCUCUCUCUUCGAUCAUAUCUCUCUCUUCGAUCAUGAAUAAUAUCCCCAGAACCAAUAAGCUAUUCCCAUUCUUGUGCCUUGUUUGUAUAACGGUAUUGUUGAAUGCAAUUCGUGGUUCAUCAAAACCAAACAAGGCAGAGUCACUGAUCUUGGGAUGCGGCUUGGAAGAAGGCGGUGGCAAAGAUGCAGACGGAAGACAAUGGGAACCAGACAACAAGUACGUAUCAGGGGACAAAUCGGUCAUUUCAAAAGCUUCCUUCCAAGACCCUUCGCUUCUCUCCGUGGUUCCUUACAUGACAGCAAGAAUCUUCCCAUCAGAAGCCACCUACAAAUUCUCCGUUCAACCGGACAAGCGUUACUGGCUCAGGCUCCAUUUCUACCCCGCUCUUUACUCUAAUUUCGACCCUUCCAAUUCAUAUUUCUCCGUAACCGCCAACGGCGUUGUUCUUUUAACAAAUUUCAGUGCAUCAAUCACGUGUCAGGCUCUCAGUCAGGCCUACAUUGACAGAGAGUAUUCAUUGGCACCUCUCAAUUCCGACUCCCUCACUCUCACCUUCAAGCCAUCGGAGAAUCACAACGGCGCUUUCGCCUUCGUCAACGGCAUUCAACUAAUCCAGAUGCCCGACUUGUUUGAUACAGCUGCAAUGGUAGGCUUUGCUGAACAAUCAGUCGAUUUAAAAGCUAUGCAUUCUCAGACCAUGUUUAGAUUAAACGUCGGCGGGCAAUUCAUAUCGGCAACGCAAGAUUCCGGUCUAAGCCGGAUGUGGUACGACGACACACCAUAUCUCUUCGGAGCGGCAACCGGCGUCACGACCCAAGCUGCCAAAGAUGUCAUGAUCAAUUACCAAUCCAUGCCGCAAUACGUAGCUCCUCCUAGUGUUUACUCUACGUCAAGAUCCAUGGGGGAGGAUAAGGAUGUCAACCUUCACUACAAUCUCACAUGGGUUUUUAGCGUGGAUCCUAAUUCCAUGUACCUUAUUAGGUUGCAUUUUUGUGAUUACUACUAUUCCAAAGUGAAUGAGCUCGUCUUCCAGAUCUUUCUCAACAACCAAACGGUUACAAAUGUAUUUGAUGUGAUUGCGGUGUCAGGUGGAAAAGGGGUUCCAACGUAUAAAGACUUCGUGGUGUAUACCCAAGGAAAUGAAGGCUUUAGCAAUAACCUUUGGCUUGCACUUCACCCUUCGGUUGAGCAAAAACCUUCGUAUUACGAUGCAUUGCUUAACGGGGUUGAGAUUUUCAAGGUCAAUGACACAGACUUGUCCGGUCCUAAUCCUCUGCCUUCCGCAAUGCUGGAAGAGCACGAGGAAAAGGAAAGGAGCUUUGCAGAAGACGACGACGGCAUUUCCGCUGCCAUUAAAAAGCACAUCGUCAUAGGUGGAGCUGCAGGGGGUGCUGGUUUCGCCGUGGUCGCUGCAAUUCUUAUAGUUGCUCAUAGGAACAAAAAGAAGGCUCCAGCUUCUUACUCCAACACUUCAAGUUGGUUGCCCGUUUAUGCGAACACGCACACCAAUGGGACCAAAUCCACGGUGUCAGGGAAGAGUAACGGCGGUGGUAGCAACCACUUGUCAGCCAUGACUCAGGGACUCUGCCGGUACUUCUCGUUACAAGAGAUGAAGCAGGCAACGAAAAAUUUCGACGAGUCGAAUGUUAUUGGCGUUGGAGGGUUUGGCAAAGUUUACAAGGGCGUCAUCGACAAUGGCUUCAAAGUAGCAAUCAAGAGAUCAAACCCGCAAUCAGAACAAGGAGUGAAUGAAUUUCAAACAGAGAUAGAAAUGCUUUCCAAGUUAAGGCACAAGCAUUUGGUUUCGUUGAUCGGAUUCUGUGAAGAAGGUGAUGAGAUGUGCCUUGUUUAUGACUACAUGGCUCUUGGCACCUUAAGGGAACAUCUUUACAAGGGAAACAAACCAUUGGAGACUCUAACAUGGAAGCAAAGGUUGGAAAUAUGCAUUGGAGCCGCAAGAGGGCUUCAUUACCUUCACACUGGGGCCAAAUACACAAUCAUCCAUAGAGAUGUAAAAACAACUAACAUCCUUCUUGAUGAGAAUUGGGUUGCCAAGGUCUCGGAUUUCGGUUUGUCAAAAACCGGUCCAAACAUGAAUCAAGGCCAUGUUACCACCGUGGUGAAGGGUAGUUUUGGAUAUUUGGAUCCAGAAUACUUUAGGAGGCAACAGUUGACUGAAAAGUCUGACGUGUACUCGUUCGGGGUGGUUCUGUUCGAGGUGUUGUGUGCUCGGCCCGCAUUGAAUCCAAACCUUCCAAAAGAUCAAGUUAGCCUUUCGGAUUGGGCUCUUCAGUGCAAGAGAAAAGGAACAUUGGAGAACAUCAUUGAUCCUUGUCUGAAAGGGAAGAUCAACCCGGAGAGCUUGAACAAGUUCGCCGAUACUGCCGAGAAGUGUUUGUCCGAUUGUGGACUCGAUCGUCCCUCCAUGAAUGACUUGUUGUGGAACCUUGAAUUUGCUCUCAACUUGCAAGAGAAUCCUGAUGCUUCACAUGAUGAAAUUCAUCAGUUUGAAGAAGUGAACUUGAAUGACAAUAAUGACAUGGCGGCACAUGCUACGUAAACUUGAGCCUUAGAAAUGACUAGUUUAAUAUUCUUGGUGGCAAAUGUAUUUUUCAAUCCGCAAGCCAAACACUAAUUCGUCUUAAAUUAGUUUUUUUUAAAAGUUUGUCAUAUAGAAAAAAGACGAAGUUUGCAUUGUAACUUUUUAUUUCCUUCUAAUUUCUA